GAGCCCAGAACGGCCGCGGAAGUCGGAGGCCGGAGCGCAGGGCGACGAGGGCACCGGGGGCGGGGGUCUCCUGCCUGACCCCUAUCGCCCCCCAGUCAGCAAAGUGGAGGCUUCUUGGACUUUACAAGCAGAAGAAACAGAUCGGGACAGCCAGCUGCUCCGGGUCAAGGUCUAGCCUACCCCCACCCUCCCGUGCCACCCCCACCCCAUCAUCACCAAGCGCUCCCAACUCACUGGUGAGCGCGGCUGGCUGGGGGCUGGAUGCGGGGACGGCCGCGAUGGCCCCGUGCGCGGGACAGCGGGGGCUCUGGAGCCCGCUGCCGGGGCUGCUGCUCGUGGCAGCGGCGCUGAGCCGGCCCGCCGCGCCCUGUCCCUUCCAGUGCUACUGCUUCGGCAGCCCCCGGCUGCUGUUGCGCUGCGCGUCGGGCGCGGAGCUCCGGCAGCCGCCGCGGGACGUGCCGCCCGACGCGCGCAACCUCACCAUCGUGGGCGCCAACCUGACCGUGCUGCGCGCGGCCGCCUUCGCGGGAGGGGACGAGGAGGCGACGGAGGGCGUGCGCCUGCCUCUCCUCACUGCGCUGCGCCUCACACACAACAACAUCGAGGUGGUGGAGGACGGCGCCUUCGACGGGCUACCCAGUUUGUCGGCGCUCGACCUGAGCCACAACCCACUUCGCGCCUUGGGAGCCCGUGCCUUCCGCGGGCUGCCUGCGCUGCACUCGCUGCAGCUGAAUCACGCGCUGGCGCGGGGCGGCCCCGGGAUGCUGGAUGCCCUGGACGCCGCGCUCACCCCGCUGGUCGAGCUGCGCCUGCUGGGCUUGGCGGGCAAUGCGCUGAGUCGCCUGCCGCCCGCCGCGCUGCGCCUGCCUCGCCUGGAGCAGCUGGACGCGCGCGUCAACGCACUGACCGGCCUGGGCCCCGACGAGCUGCGCGCGCUCGAGCGCGAUGGCGACUUACCCGGGCCGCGCCUGCUGCUGGCGGACAACCCGCUUAUCUGCGGGUGCACCUCGCGCCCCCUGCUGUCCUGGCUCCACAAUGCCACCGAGCGCGUGCCCGACGCGCGCCGCCUGCGCUGCGCCUCCCCGCGCGCGCUACUCGAUCGGCCACUGAUGGACCUGGACGAGGCGCGGAUGGGUUGCGCCGACGGCGAUGCUAACGAGCGCGGGGAAGAGGUGGAUGUCGCCGGCCCGGAGCUGGAAGCCUCUUACGUCUUCUUCGGGCUGGUGCUGGCACUUAUCGGCCUCAUCUUCCUCAUGGUGCUCUACCUAAACCGCCGUGGCAUCCAGCGCUGGAUGCGCAACUUGCGCGAGGCCUGCAGGGACCAGAUGGAAGGCUACCACUAUCGCUAUGAGCAGGAUGCAGACCCGCGCCGCGCGCCCACUCCGGCUGCCCCCUCCGGUUCCCGGGCCACUUCUCCGGGCUCUGGUCUUUGAGCCUCACGUCCCUAAUGGGAGGCUGUCCCUGUCAGCUGAUAACUUUACUGGGACCACCCAGCCUUCCCCUGCCUGGCCUGAGCCCUGGAGAUGACACACCAAUGAGUUUGGAUCUCUGAGACCUUUGGAUCAAUCGUAGCAUCUCUCCCAACCCAAAACUCCAAGGUGUACUCGUUUUUUCCCUGGCCUAAGAGCUUCCAGGUCAAAAACCCAGAGAUGCCCCCAUCUGUUUCCAGAAACAAACCCUUCCUGUCUGUCCUUCCUGGACCACUGAAAUCCCUUCACCCAAAGGUCUAUCCAAAGACCCACUCUUCCAUUUUGAAAUCUCUAGCGCUUUCUCCACCACACACGCUUUGAGCCAGACACCUUGGCUAGACUGCACUGACCCCUGUCCCCAGUUAGGAGCCCUCAGUCCUUUUCUCAGAGCUCAGGGGGUCUACAUCCCUUCUGGUCUUAUCAGAAGGUUUUUGUGGAGUUUGAGCCGUUUGUCCCACCCCAGAAUUCUGAGCCCUCCAUCUCGUAAUCCACAUCCAGAGGCUCUGUGGCUUAAGUGGCCUCCUCUAGUCUGGCGUGCUUCAUAUACUGAUUCUAGCUCAAGCUCCUCCAUUCCAUGGCCCUGCCUGGGUCUCAGCUCCAGCCCUGUCCCUCUCGACCCAGGGACAUGCCUUGGUGUAGAAUCCAUCCUUAACCUUUCCAACCGGGGAUCGGAUGUCCCAACGCUCAGUGUUUGUCCUCAAAUCUCAAGCUCAGCUCUUCACCUCGGUCACUUUCGUGCCCUGGCCCAAGUCUUAGGCUUACCCAUCACUGGCACUUUUACCUGCCUCUGCCAUUCUCUGAUCCGGAUCCAGAGAGGAAUCUCCCCAUCGUGGGGUGCUACCCACUGCCCUCCUAGAAGGAGUUCUCCCAUCCUGUGGGACAAGGGCAAGCACCCUAUGGCACAUAGGCAAACCCUGGUGAGGAAGAGAGCAUGUGGGGUGUGCAGGGCCUCCAAACCAGGGUCACUGGUCCAUCUGGGAAAGAGAGGCUGGGAGCUGCUAUCUGUCUAGUUCAUCUGCACUCUCUCUCACCCAUGCGGUCCUCCCCUGGGAACUCCUUGCUACCACCUCUCAUGCCUUCCGGAGGAGGAUAGAGUCUGACUUCUUGUCUCAGUCACAAGCCUUCCUGGGUCAAGGUCAUGGCCUCAGCGCCCUGCCUUCUGCAGGAUCCCAAAGCACAAUGGUGAGUGAGGAGGGGCCGCCUUCCCGCCGCUCACCCUAAGUCAGGCAGAAUGGCAGGCCCAUGCUGCCUCUGCACAGGAAGUCUUCCUCCUCUGUGUAUUGGCUUGAGGCCCGCCUUCCCACCCUCAACUGAGAAAUCUGGA